UUCAAAUCAAGCGGAGGGAACAAAACCAAGUUACAGACCUUAAAGCACAAGCAACAAGAAGGAGAAGAAGAAGAGGAAUAAAGUUAGGGUUUCGUAGUCCUUCACUUAUCUGCAUUAAUUUCUCGAUCUAUGCGAUUCAGCGAAGUCUGUUUCUGCUUAUGAUCAAGUUCUUCUAGGGCACAAAUUUAGAGAGAUAAAGAGAAGCUUACGCGAGAGAGCUAGGACCAUGCAAACAGAGGCGAGAGUAGGAGUGGUGGUGGAAGGAGGAGGGCAGAGAGCUAUAAACUCGGGCCACGUCGAUGGCGGUGCGAGGAAGCUCGCGCAGCAAUCGCAGAUCGGAACGGUGUCGCAGCUUCUUGCCGGAGGCGUCGCCGGAGCUCUCAGUAAGACCUGUACGGCGCCGCUUGCUCGGCUUACGAUACUUUUCCAGGUGCAAGGUAUGCACUCUGAUGUUGCAACAUUGAGAAAGGCUAGCAUAUGGCGUGAGGCUUCGCGGAUUGUUAGUGAAGAAGGAGUUCGAGCUUUUUGGAAAGGGAAUCUGGUUACAAUUGCUCACCGUCUACCUUAUUCUUCUGUCAAUUUCUAUGCAUAUGAGCACUAUCAAGAGACUGUGUUGCAGAUGCUAAGGGUGAUUCCGGGACUGGAAAACCACAGAGAAAAUAUGGGUGCAGGCCUUUGUGUGCAUUUUGUUGCUGGUGGUUUGGCUGGAAUAACGGCUGCUUCAAUUACUUAUCCAUUGGAUCUUGUAAGGACACGCCUUGCAGCUCAGACAAAUUUAAUAUACUACAGAGGUAUUUGGCAUGCUUUACAAACCAUCUGCAAAGAGGAGGGCAUUUUGGGUCUCUAUAAGGGGCUGGGAGCAACACUCUUGGGUGUCGGACCAAGUAUAGCUAUCAGUUUUUCAGCGUAUGAAACCUUGAGAUCUUUCUGGAAGUCGCAUAGGCCCGAGGAUUCUACUGCUAUUGCCAGUCUGGCUUGCGGAAGUCUUUCAGGAAUCGCGUCAUCAACAGCAACAUUUCCGCUGGAUCUUGUGAGGCGCCGUAAGCAAUUGGAAGGGGCAGGUGGCCGAGCUCAUGUCUAUACAACAGGCCUUUUUGGUACAUUUAGGCACAUAAUCCGGACAGAAGGCUUACAUGGGUUGUACCGAGGGAUUCUGCCUGAAUACUACAAGGUGGUGCCUGGUGUAGGUAUUUGUUUUAUGACUUAUGAGACACUGAAGAAGCUUUUGGCUGCCUGAAUACUACGAGGUGGUGCCUGGUGUAGGUAUUUGUUUUAUGACUUAUGAGACGCUGAAGAAGCUUUUGGCUGAUAUUACGGACGGUUCAUAGUUGCCACCACUCUCUGGGAGCCCAGACUGCAAUUAACAGGAUGGGGUGGUUGAAUUGUUAUGUAAGCUCAUUUCUUUUCUUGGGUUCUCUCAUGGUAGUUGAUUUUGUGCUGCUGUGAGAAUUGCAUUUUUGCAUGUAUAGAUAGGAUACAGAACAAUUAAAUUUCAUACCUAAGUGUACCGACAGACACUUGUCGUCCUGAGAAUUCUCAGUGAUCAUCCCUUCUCAACACCUUUAUUUUUAGUUGCAAAUUUUUGCUGUUCUU